AUGCCCACGCUGCCUCGGGCCACGCUGGGCCCUGCCGCGUGGAAAAGGCUGUGCGCGGAGGCGCCGCCGAGCGCGGAGGGGCACGCCCUGGGCGUGCCACGGCCGCGGCCACCUGGUGACGACAAGGGGCCGCCAGUGCGGCGCCCGCUGGCCAGAGGCCCCAGUGUGCCGGCCGCGCCAGCGGGUGCGGCGGCCGUAGCGCCGUGGGGUGCUGCCCCCGACGCCGGCGCCACCGCAGCCGCCGCCCUCCGGCCAGGCGUUGCGGCGGCGGCCGCGCAGCUGGUGUCGGCGCUCAGAGGCGGGAUCUUCGCACGGAGAGACGUGGCGGGAGCUUGCGCGGCCACCGCUGCCACCAGCGUAGCGGGGGCGGUCGCCAUGGCUGAGGCCGAGAGGUGGAUGGAGGUCAACGGCCAGAACUAAGAGGGCUGGGCCGAGAUCGUGCGCCUCAAGAGCAAGCACUGCCUCGGCGGCCAGGUGGAGCUUCUGGUGGGGCUGAUGGAUCCCUCUCGGCGGACGCAGUAGGGUCUUGCAGCCGCGACUUGCAUUAUUACAGUGAAUUUGAUCGCGUCCCUCUUUGCCAUCCC